CUUCCUAGACUUGUUUCCUACCCGUCCGUGCCUUCCUUCGAUCUCUCCUCUAGUGUUGAGCCAGGAGGACUGACUGAGGAACUAGCUGGGCUGGGCAGACAAGACAGUUAGCCAGUCAGCCAGGCAGUCUCCGACAGAGGACACGAAAGGCCUGCUCUCGUUCAGAGUGAGAGGUGAAUGCAUGCAUGCAUGUAUGAGGGAGAGAGACAAGUGAAAUCCCUUUUGCCUUUUGCCUUUUGCCAAGUGUCACAAUCAUCCGAUUGCGUCUGAAACCAUCCCAAAGGAGGCUGGGAAGUCGAGCUAUCCCAGCUAGUCAACCAACCAGCAUCACCAUCAUCUUCAUUACUUUCAAAUCGUUGGAUCCUCUCGCCGCAGCCACCGCCUCCAUCCCGGACGGGAACUGACCUUCCCGAUUGCAGAGAGACGGGCUCUGCUAGGCCCGCCGUCAAGCUGUCACACCUAUCUACUUAUCUGUUGCUCCAUACUUGCUCGCAUACCGUACACGCACGAACGCACCCACCUUCAAGAUGGACGGGCGCGCAGAGGGCUUGGUCCAGCGUCGCCGCAAUGUGCCCACCCGUGAUGUGUAUAUCGAAGAUGAGGCCGCGGCAGAGGCCCGCCUUAAUGGCGGUCAGGAUUUGGGUGGGGAUAACGACCACGAUUCCAAAGAGACCCGCCUUACGCUCAUGGAAGAGGUCCUCCUGCUCGGCCUGAAAGACAAAGAGGGCUACACGUCCUUUUGGAAUGAUUGCAUCUCCAGUGGGCUUCGCGGGUGCAUCCUCAUUGAGUUGGCUUUACGGGGCCGCAUCGAGUUGGAACGGGCUGGUAUGCGGCGGAAGGGGCUAUUGAGUCGCAAAGUGAUCCUGAAGAAUGCCGACCCUUGUGGGGACGUCCUCUUGGACGAAGCAUUGAAGCACAUUAAAGAGACCGACUAUCCCGAGAACAUUCAGACUUGGAUUGAGUAUUUGAGCGGCGAGACCUGGAACCCAUUGAAACUACGCUAUCAGCUCAAGAACGUCCGUGAACGGCUGGCCAAGAACUUGACGGAAAAGGGUGUACUCACCACGGAGAAGCAGAAUUUCUUGCUCUUUGACAUGACGACCCACCCGGUGACGGAUGGGUCCAUUAAGAAUCGCCUUAUCAAAAAGGUCCAGGAUUCCGUGUUGGCCAAAUGGGUCAACGAUCCGCACCGCAUGGACAAGCGAGUGGUGUCACUAAUUUUCUUAGCCCACGCCUCGGACGUGCUGGAGAAUGCCUUUGCCCCCCUCAACGAUGACGAUUAUGAUGUAGCCAUGAAGCGGGUGAGAGAUCUCCUGGAUAUGGAUUUAGAGGCUGAGAGUGCCAAAGGCGGUACCAAUGAGAUCAUGUGGGCCGUCUUUACGGCCUUUAUUAAAUAAACGGCCACUUCCCAACGCAUUCAUUGUUCGGUAUUCAAUCCCCCUCUCCCCAAUGGGUCAUCAACACGUUGACUGCGAGUUCGAGACAUUCCCAUGGGGGCAGAUUUGGCGUGGCCACACUUUUCAGGAUUUUCCUUGGUUAUGAGUUUUUGUUUCCCCUUUUCCUUCAUCGACCCCAGUCUCUACCAGUUUCCGGGGGACCAAUCAGAAUGAAUAUACAUUAUUAUUGCACCACCCUUUUAUGUUUCAAUGGGGGGAGGGCACCCAAAUCCCCCUAUCACCGCUAUGUGUGAGCUUUUCCAACCCUGAAAACGGUUUCUGCUUGGGAUUCUGUGAUAUGAGAAGAAAAUAACAUUUAAAAGAGCUGGAUUAUGAUUCAAUUUUCCAUCUAUCCGGACAACACAGUGUGAGCAGGAUUGAUAUGUUAUAUCUAUAUUUAAUAAUAAACAGAAUUUCAUCUAGAUAUAA